GGGGAAGACAGGGAGGUGCUCUUUCCUUCUUCCAUAUUCUUGCGACCUCGCUUUUCGAUCAUUUUUAUUCUCAUGUUCAAUUCCAGCUUAAGCUCGAAAAGCUUCAAGCCAGUUCUCUCUCCACCACAUCGUCACUUGCUCAUUACCAUCAGGUCUUAGAGCCUGAUUGGGAAUACCUUUGACAACAAUGGCCAAACCAACUGUCUUGAUCGUCGGCACCACCGAUACCAAACUCGAAGAAAUCCUGUACCUGCAAGUCAAGAUCCAAGAGGCAGCCUGCGAAACCAUAAUCCUCGAUGUAAGUCAUACAGCUUCCAAGAACCCUGCCCUCAGCCAGAUCCCUGAGCACGGAAUUCUCUCACCACUCCAUGCCCACAGCGAAUCUUUGAAAUCCCUCUCUAGAGGUGACUACAUCGAUAAAGCCAUCGACAUAUGUUCUCCAAUUGUUCGCGACCUUGUUACCAGCGGUCAGAUCCAUGGCAUCGUGUCGGCCGCUGGGAGUAGUGGUUCAGCCCUCGCCACGGCCCUGAUGAGAAAUGCCUCCCCAGUGGGCUUUCCAAAACUAAUGGUCUCCACUAUGGCAAGUGGCGAUAUCAAACAUUAUGUCCAAGAGACCGAUAUCACCAUGAUGUAUAGCGUUGUUGACAUCGCUGGAAUCAAUUCUGUCAUGACUCGCAUUUUGUCUAACGCUGCUGCUGCCAUCUCCGGCAUGGCAAGCGCUUAUGCCAAAUCCGCUUCUCAACAAUCAGGUCCCCAGACCACAGGAAAACGCAUUGCAAUCACAAUGUUUGGAAAUACUACUCCUUGUGUUGAUCACAUUCGACGAAUUCUGACUUCAACCCCUCAUGAUGUGUCCCAAUACGACGUCAUCGUUUUCCAUGCUACAGGAGCUGGUGGUCGAGCGAUGGAGAGACUUAUUGCUGAUGGGCAAAUUGAUGCAGUCAUCGAUCUCACCACCACCGAGAUUCCUGAUGAGUUGUUUGGGGGCGUGCUCUCUGCCGGACCCGAUCGUCUCGAGAUUGCCGCGAAGAAAGGGCUUCCAAUGGUAGUAUCAGUUGGGGCAUGCGACAUGGUCAACUUCGGUCCAAAGGACACCGUUCCCGAGAAGUACCACGACCGCAAGCUCCUAGUCCACAACCCUGCGGUCACGUUGAUGAGAACAUCCUCCGAUGAAAGCAGCAAGAUUGGACGCUUCAUCACCGACAAAUUGACAAAAUAUGCGAAAGACCCAAGCUCAAUUCGGGUAUUGAUUCCAACCAAAGGCAUCAGUGCCGUCGAUGCUGUUGGACAGCCAUUCUACGAUCCUGCUGCCGAUGAAGCGCUGGUCCAAGCUAUUGAUGGUGGAUUGGAGGGAUCUGAGAUUGAGAUCGAGAAGCAUCAACACCAUAUCAAUGAUGAAGAAUUUGCAACCCAGGUUGCCUCGGCUUUGCUCGAGGUAAUGGGCGUCACCCCUCGACAUUAUCGACUUUCAAAUGCAAGACGUCGGAAAUGGUCAUUCGACCACGGUGCUUCUGUCAUGUUGGCCAGAAGAGCAAGUCAAUUGUCAGACCCACCAGCAACGAACUUCAGCGUUGAUCGUUAGAGCUGAGAUUCAGCAAUUUUGCGUUGUUCGCAAAGUCUCGUCUUCUGGAUACUUUCCGGGAUGUUCAUAACGCCUGGCGGCCUCGCUUCUGUCAAUCUGGCUUCUCAAUUCUUGGUCAGAAUAACGACAUGUUGGCAUACAGCGACAAGCAAAUCAAACAGUGCAAGUGCCAUUGUUUCAGUCAUUUGUAUGUCGUGACACUAUUAUCUCAGAUACCCCAGUUUGCUAUUGCACA